CUUACUGUUGAGAGUUUCCCAGCAUUUCGAUUGGAGGAUAUGGGAUAUCGCUACGUGGGUUGUUAUUUUAUCGUGAAGUUUUCUGUUUUAGGGUCAUGCUUUGGAUGAGAUCUACUACUGUGUCAGGGCUCUGUCUGCUUGUCAUCCAUUUGAGGCUGCACGAGAUCGGCUCUAUGCACGUUUAGCGGCCAUGAAGCGAAAAGUGGAUAAAUAUGAACCUCUCUUGGAUGCUGAGUGCGGUGAAGUACAUGAAGAUGCUGAAUUAGCUGCAAGUGCUGAUCGACCCUAUGAAAUAUGGCUUGAUAUGGAGGGACCAAAUAUUGAAUCGGCUGAUGAUGGCGCUCACGCAAUAGACUAUAGUAUACCUUAG